CGCGGAUAACGCCAGUAAUCUCCGUCAAGGAUCCCACCGGCUGCUAAGUUUUUUCUUCUGUCCGUUACUAUCUUCCGUCGACAUGGGAAGCUGUCUAACUGUGGGGCCGAACGAGGCGCUGGUGGUCUCCGGUGGUUGUUGUGGCUCUGAUAUUAAGACCUACAUCGUGGGAGGCUGGUCCUGGGCUUGGUGGCUCAUCUCGGACGCCCAAAGGUUGAGUCUGGAGAUCAUGACUCUGCAGCCCCGCUGUGAGGACGUGGAGACAGCAGAAGGCGUAGCCAUCACUGUCACAGGUGUCGCUCAGGUCAAAGUCAUGACUGACCUGGACUUGCUGGCUGUAGCUUGUGAGCAGUUUCUUGGUAAAUCAGUGGCGGAAAUCAAAGCCGUGCUCCUGCAGACUUUGGAGGGACAUCUGCGCUCCAUUCUAGGUACCUUGACUGUGGAGCAGAUCUAUCGGGACAGGGACCAGUUUGCUAAACUGGUGCGCGACGUAGCAGCUCCUGAUGUGGGCAGGAUGGGCAUCGAGAUUCUGAGCUUCACCAUCAAGGACGUGUACGAUAAACUGGAUUACUUGAGCUCCCUCGGGAAGACCCAGAUUGCAGCUGUCCAGAGGGAUGCCGACAUCGGCGUGGCGGAGGCAGAGAGGGAUGCUGGGAUACGGGAAGCAGAAUGUAAGAAGGAGAUGAUGGAUAUCAAAUUCCAGGCCGACACCAAGAUGGCUGACUCCAAACGAGAGCUGGAGCUGCAGAAAGCUUCGUUCAACCAAGAAAUCAACACUAAGAAAGCAGAGGCUCAGCUGGCCUACGAGCUGCAGGCAGCCAAGGAGCAACAGAAGAUCCGACUGGAGGAGAUCGAGAUCCAGGUGGUGCAGAGGAAGAAAGAGAUCACCAUCGAGGAGAAGGAGAUCGACCGGACAGACAAAGAGCUCAUCGCCAUUGUGAAGAGACCCGCUGAGGCCGAGGCCUACAAAAUGCAGCAGCUGGCUGAGGGGCACAAGAUGAAGACGGUGCUGAUAGCUCAGGCUGAGGCAGAGAAGAUCAGAAAGAUCGGCGAGGCGGAAGCUUCUUCUAUCGAAGCCGUGGGAAAGGCGGAGGCGGAGAAAAUGAGGCUGAAGGCGGAGGCCUACCAGCAAUAUGGAGACGCGGCUAAGACUGCUCUGGUCCUGGAGGCUCUGCCCAAGAUUGCUGGGAAGGUGGCAGCACCUUUAUCCAGGACCAGUGAGAUCGUCAUUCUCAGUGGGGAGGGAAACCGAGUGACCGGCGAGGUGAACCGCCUCCUGGCUGAACUUCCUGUGUCCGUCAACGCUCUCACCGGAGUGGAUUUGACAAAGCUCCCUUUGCUGCAGAAGAUGUCCAGCUCUUAAGCCUGAAAACCGAAGACUCCACAUGACUCCAGUCUCUGUUGUAUGCACUCUCAUAGACUGCCUUUAAUACACUUGAAGAUUUUUGUUGUUUUAUACGUAUACUCUGUAUAUGAAGUGAAUUUUGGAAACCUCUGGUGCCUUACUUUAUACAGGACCAGAAAAUCUGCAUGCACUGCUGCUCAUUCAGUCAUUUGGUUUUUUUUAGUUUGAACAUGAGAAUAUUUUGUGUUUUAAUCUAUUACUUGGAUUUAUUGGCUUGUUUGUAUGAAAUAUCAUAAAGGAGGAGACUGUUGUGGUGAUUUACAUCCUGCUGAUUCUCACCCAGGUCAUAUUUGCUUUAUAAUAUGACGACACGUAGUCUUUGGUAAUUAUACACUGAAGCCAUGUUUGUUCAUACAAUGAGGCCGCUGUUGUCACUUUUUGCACGGUACGUCGCGGGCCUUUUGUUCAUUUAAAUACCUCUUAAUUGUUAGAAGCAUCUGCAUUCCCUAGAAAAUCUGAAUCUUUUUUUUUUGUGUUGUACUUGUUGUAUUUUUAACAAUCAAACAUCGCUUUACGUCUUUCUAGUUGAUUUUCAACGUAACAAAGGUGCUCUGAACUGUAAAAGAAGCCCCUGUCAUUGUGCAAAAUUCAACCUUAAACUUUUACUACUUUUUUUGUGUCUUCCCCUCGAAACAGAAUUUUUAUCCUCCACAAACUGUUGAUAUCAAGCAUGAUACGUUUGAUUUUUUUUAUUUAUAUGCUAACAGGAAAACGGGUAGCAAAAUUCUGAUCUUGUGCUGAUGUGGUUAGCUUGUAAUGUGGUCCUUUAAUAUUUAGUGUGGAUUUUAAUGUACAAUAUGAAUAGUUUGGGCCUUGAUUAAGAGUGAAAAAAAAAUUGGUCGUGUUCGAAAAGAGGAAAAAAAAGUCACGAGGAAAUUGUACCAAAAAAAAUAAAUAAAUUGUUGGCGUAGAGCUGUAUGAAAUACGUUUUUACUGUGGGAAAUGUGAAUAGACUUAAUAGAACAUGAAAAUGAAAGGUGAAACAGCGAUGCCAAAUAGAAUAGACUGUCUGUUAGUUUUUACUGUGUCAGAAGGGGGAACUGGGGAAACCUGCAUCUGAACCACUGUUUAAUUUAACACUACGAUUACCUGUAGACGCUAAGCCAUGUUCAACAGAGUGUCUUUUACACGUUUUAGGGAAACACACUUUCAGUUCCAUGUUUGUAUAUAUCCGCACUGAUUAGUUUUAUGAUUAACUGUGACAUCAGAUAUACGGUGAUGUUUUAGGAGAGUACUUUAACUUAUACAGUAAUGCUAUAUCUAUUUUAAACAGUGAUAUUGCUGUUUGUAAAUGUCACAAUGCUUUGUAGUUUUGGGGUCAAAUCCAGCGCUGCGGGACACAGAAUCCGUCCAGUUUUGGAAACAGACUGAGGAGAGGUACCAUAGAUUAUGGAGUUUAGCAGGCUGACCUCUGCCAUGAGAUAUUUCCAUCCACUUCCAGAAGAACAUCUCCUCUGAAAACUGUACAGAGCUGCACUCACCUGCUUUACAUCCGAACAGACGGCGAGGUUUAGUUUAAACUUUAUCUCUGAAGCCGAUGAAACUCUUCGGCAGUUGUGUGCGCGUGACUGAACAAACUCCGAGCUUACUAACAGAAUUUACAGAAGACUGUUAUUACUGCUGUUAAUGUUUUCUGCGUGUGUCAAUCACUCGUCCUCAUUUCCUGUGUACACUGUAUGUCUCAAAUGGCCAUGAGUUCCUGUAUGCUCUUGCUGCAUGUCAUCCAUCUGUGUGCAGAGUCGUCUGCUCACUCUGAACUAAUUGUCAUUCUAAUAAAUCAAACUGCCAUCA